AUGUCCUUCAACAACCAUCGGGCUAACGUCCGCGGAUACCCAUACGCGGGCGGCCGAGGCUAUAUUCCUCCUCACAUCGGACGAGGUCGUGUUAGUGGCCAGCCUCAAGGGUCCAGAAACGACACACCAGGUCCUAGCUACGGCCAGCAGCGAUGGGAAUACGAGCAACCUGCUUUGUAUCCCCAAGGAUAUGGCAGAUUCCCAAACAACUACCCUCACUACGAUGGCCACUAUCAGCGUGCUCCUCAACAGCCUCCACCCCCUGCAGUAACUUGCCACCCCCAGCCUCCGUAUCUCGAAUCACUCGGUGCGGCAGUCAACAAUGCUAUUCAUCUCUCGAUGAACGACAACUACCAUCAGUAUCAGGGCCUGUCAGCCAGUCAAAGCCAGCCAGGGAGUGAUGGUCAAGAAGCUUACCCUAACCAGGCCUAUAGAGGCACUAAGCGCAAGAACAACGCAGAGCAUGGUGAACAGACGAACAUGGCCCAUGCCGCGAACCAGACUGUGUUCGCUGGCCGCCGUGGCAGCAUGUCCCAGAUGAACGCGGUCGAUCAUAGCAUUGACUAUGGAGUACUUAAAGCCAAAGGCCGUGCAAGCUUCCUCAACCGUGAAGCUGCCAUACAGGCGAUUGAGGGCAUGUUCCAGCUAGGCGAACCCAUCACUCUCUCUUGGAACGCAGGACUCUCGACAGAACCACCAAACACGGGGCCCCAAAUGCUGUCUAACAUGGCAAAGCGACAGCGGAUCGUCUCGGCCAGGGACUGCCUCGCCCUCGAGCAAGUUGAUCCCCAGAUCUACUUCAAACUGAGAGACACCAACACUCGCUGUAAUGCAGCCACUAACCCGACGAUCUGUGGUAAUUGUCAAGACAGAGGCCACACGGUAGCCAUGUGUCAUCGAGUCCGUGAAAGUGGCUUCAUCGGUGGCUGCGCCAUCUGCAACUCUUCUAGACACUCCACCUGGAAGUGCCCCGAGUUCCCCAAGAAUGACAAGCUGGAGAUAAUCAAUCUGAUGGUCUUCAACAGGGCAAAUAAGCCACCUCUGACUGGGAAAUUCUGGUACCCUAUGCUGUUUGACUUCAUGCGCGAGAAUCCAAACACUCUCGUCCCUGGACUCCCUUGGAGCCUUCAGCAUAGCAAGAGAUUUUACAUCUCUUGCGACGUUCAAGAUCCCUUCCUCCUUGGUCAGCAUCGUCGUGACACUGAGCAGCUGGGAGGUAUCGACCCUCGCACCUCUUCCUGGGAGAAUGCCAAGGUCUACUAUGGUGGAGACAUGAGCGCCGGAAGAGGCCAGAGACCGCAGGCGAACCAUGGACAGCGUCGUUAG